UUUUGGUAAUUUUGAAAUAAAAUUGCACCAUAAAAAGCCAUCUAUUUCCCCUUUUUUUUCUUCUACACCGGUUGUUGACAUUGGAAGAGGCAUUGUGCAGUAGCUUCAAUUUUUGGUUCCUGGGAGAGCGAGAAACAGUGUUCGGAUUUCACCAUUCCAGGUGGAGGGAACUAGCUCAUGUGGUGACGGUGGAAGAUGCUUCUGUCGUCGAUACGCAGAGGAUUCACUAGUCGAGUAGGUCCCAUACGAACCCUCUCUUCGCACUCCGAAAUGAAAGACUUUCUGGAUUACCUCGACUCCCUCAAAAAUUACGAGAAAUCAGGAGUUCCCAAAGGUGCCGGCACCGAUUCCAGCGACGGUUUCGAUCUUGGUAGAAUGAGAUGCCUCAUGGAGCGUUUUGGUAACCCUCACUCCAAGUUCAAGGCUGUUCAUAUUGCUGGAACUAAGGGGAAGGCAUCAACAGCUGCUUUUGUAUCUAAUAUUCUGAGGAAUGAAGGUUAUUCUGUUGGUUGUUACACUAGUUUUGCACAUCAUGGACAGCAGGCUUUAUUUUUCUCAAGCAGUCCACAUAUCCUGACCAUCCGGGAGCGCAUUUUACUGGGAAAAUCCGGCCAUCUGGUGUCAGCGAAAUUGUUGAAUGAUCUCUUUCGUAGGAUCAAGCCCGAUAUUGACCAGGCAAUGAAAGAGGAAAAUGGUUGCAUAAGCCAUUUUGAGGUUUUCACUACCAUGGCAUUCCUCCUAUUUGCUGAUGAGAAUGUUGACUUUGCUGUUAUUGAGGCUGGGUUAGGGGGUGCACGAGAUGCAACAAAUAUAAUAUCCAGCUCUGGGCUUGUUGCAUCAGUCAUAACCACUAUAGGUGAAGAACAUUUGGCAGCUCUUGGGGGUUCUUUGGAAACAAUUGCAAUGGCAAAGGCAGGAAUCAUAAAACAAGACCGCCCAUUGGUGUUGGGUGGUCCAUUUGUCCCUCAUAUUGAGCGCAUUAUUCGAGACAAAGCAGUAGCCAUGAAUUCACCUGUAGUGUCAGCAUACGAUACUGGAAAUAAGUGUACUAUGAAAAGUUUCAGCAUACUCAAUGGAAGGCCUUGUCAAAUUUGUGAUAUACUGAUACAAGUUGUGAAAGACAUGAAAAUGUCCUGUAAGUUACAUGAUGUGAAGUUGCAAAUGCUUGGAGAUCACCAACUUCAAAAUGCAGCUACUGCUACUUGUGUGGCACUUGUUCUUCGCAAUUUAGGAUGGAGUAUUUCUGAUAAAUCUAUUAGGUAUGGUUUAGAGGAUACAUACCUUCUUGGAAGGAGUCAAUUUCUAACAUCUGAAGAAGCUGAGGUAUUAGGACUUACUGGAUCAACAGUACUGCUUGAUGGAGCCCACACCAAAGAAUCUGCCAAAGCUCUGAUGAAUACCAUAAGGAUGGCAUUUCCCAAGGCUCAAUUGGUUUUUGUUGUUGCAAUGGCAAGUGACAAAGAUCAUGUGGGAUUUGCUCGAGAGAUUCUCUCAGGUGUACAUGUGGAGACUGUCGUUUUGACAGAAGCUGCUAUUGCUGGAGGUGUAACUCGAACAACACCAGCAUCUUUGUUGAGAGAUUCUUGGAUUAAAGCUUCUGGUGAGCUUGGCAUUGGUAUUGUUCAUGAUGGAAUGGCAGAAUACAGUGAAUUAUUAAAGGAACAACCAGUAGGCUCUGAAAGCAAUUUGGGUGAUGGUAAGACCGUGUUGGCUACUGAGUCAUGUUUAAAGGGUUGUUUGAGAACCGCAAAUCAGAUUCUAAGCAGACGAGGGGAUGAAAAGCGUGUUAUUGUCUUCACCGGGUCUCUGCAUAUUGCAGCUUCAGUCUUAGCUUCUCUUGCUGGUUAAUGGGGUUUUAUAGUGAAGCUACUGAAAUCGAAUUUCCCUGCAAUAACAACACAAAAAUUAAGGCCAGAUGGAAUCUUGGAUGCCUUUAUAUUAACUUUCAUCAUCACUGUUUUCUGCUUCCAUGGAAUGAAUUAUAGUCCCCAUGCGGCAGCUCUCGACUAGAAUUUUGGAUGUCAAUGAUCAGCAUUCAACAGUAAUCUAUUAAUAUUGUGUUUGACUUAAAGUUUCAGAUGUGAUUUUCAGAGGUUAUUAGUUAUAGCUUUUACAUCCUAAACGUGAUUUUCUGUUUUCAAAGAGUUUCCAAACACACUUUCUAGAAUGAAUAUUUUAGAGAUAAUGCAAGGCAUUUUUAGGAUCCUAA